UACUUUUCGUAUUCAAAUACGCAGGAAUAACAUGGCGGACUAUUGGGUCGUUUAUUUUCAUCUUGUAGCUGCUUUUCUGAUUAAUAUUAUAGCUCUUCAGCAAAAAGUGUCUGCACAAGGAAGUGCCGAAGCUACGCAAGCUAUUCAAGUAACAGUUUCAAGCACGCAAUCUGUGGCAAGUUUAAUUUCAGUUUCGCCUAAACAAACAGCAACUGGGAACAGUUCAUCACAAAUUGACUUGCCGAAUUUAGAGUGUCCUGAUGGACUUCCUUGUCGUGAUCUCGGUGUUUCUUGCAUCAACUGUACUAUGAACUAUUCGUGUAUAUAUGGGAAAGACCUCGAAGCACAAUGUGUGGCGUAUAGCUCGAUCGAAUGCACGGGAAAUCGAACUUUCAAGAUAAAUUACACCUGCAAGUACUGUUAUCAACUGCAUCCUGAUCAUUAUGAAUGUGAGAAACAGUCAGGCUGCAAGGUGGUUUCCAGUCCUAGGGAGAGAUACAAAACAAACUGCACUGUGAAGGACAACUUCCUCUGUCUUGGUAAUCGUACAUUCCCAAAAUCACUUUUGUGUAACUGGACGUCUGGAUACAGGUGGUCAACUGCUGUAUUACUAAGCUUGACUUUAGGGGGCUUUGGUGUGGAUCGAUUUUAUUUGGGACAUUGGCGAGAGGGCCUUGGAAAGCUGUUCAGCUUUGGGGGCCUGGGAGUAUGGACCCUUGUAGACCUUAUCCUCAUCAUUAUUAGAUAUGUUGGACCAGAAGAUGGUUCUCUCUACAUAUUUUAGUCUAGGAAGGAGCCAUUUCAGUAGGGACUUGAAAAGCUGCUCUGCCUAGGGGCACUUGGAGUGUAUAGACAUUUGUGAACCUAGAGCUCAUGGAUGUGUUGAACCAGAGAAUGGUUUUCACUAACUAUUCAUAUCUUACAUGGGACACGCUACUUUAGUGGUGAAAAGGCUUCGAAAGGUGUGCAUAUUUAAACCUUGUGAGAUUUGGUGCCAUCUUGAUAGCCUUGAACAUACAAGUCAAGUAUAUCCCCCAGGGAUGGCUGAUGUACACUGCAAAAUUAAUGCAGGACUGAAAAGUGGAGAAGGAUCCAUAAAUAUGUUGCUUUAUUUGCAUUAUGAGACCUUGCUGCAGCAAAAUCUUUAAACAAAAUUGCAUCUGGAGAACAUGUAGUUCUCUCUACUUGUAAUGUGUUACAGAAAACUCUGGCUGGAAGACUUAAACUAUUGGCCUCAGAAGUGCUGUUUUCAAUUUUUUUUUUUUUAUUAUGUGCUCUCGUGCCACUGUUUUAUCAUUUCAUGGAAGAGUGAGAUGUGCUAAUGCCCAUCUUUGGUCAUUUAUGAGAGCAGUUUUGUCAUUGUAAAGUGCAGAUCUACUUUAUUUGCUUUAAUUUUAGUGCCAUGAGAAAGAAUUGUAUCACCCUUUAUAAUCAAAUGAAGGUGUGGCAGAAAAUGGA